AUGGGUGGAACAUCUUGUAAAGGCGCAGCAAAUAGUAACAAAGCAAUUACUAUUGCUAUUCUUGGUUUAGACAAUGCUGGUAAAACAACAACAGCUAGAGUGCUUGAAAAAGCUCCAGUCGACUCUGUAACACCAACCAUAGGUUAUAGUCAAACAGAAGUUACUCAUAAAAAUGAAAGAAUUAAGUUAAUUGAUUUGGGUGGUGCAAAAACAUUCCGUGAAGCUUGGCGUCAUUAUUAUGAUGAUGCAUAUGGAUUUGUUUAUGUUCUUGAUUCAAGUGAAGAAAGUCGUCUGGGUGAAAAUCGUGAUGUAUUAAAAAAACUUUUACAAGAAGAGAAGGUUAAAGGAAAACCUAUUCUUAUUUUGGCAAAUAAACAAGAUAAACCUGAUGCACUAGAUAAAAAUGCAAUUCUUGAAGAUUUAAAAAUUGAACGACUUGUUAAUGAAAAUCAAACAUUAUGUCGAGUGGAAUUAUGUACAGCUACAGCAUUAAAUCGUAGUGGAAAAAAUUCUAAAAUUGACGAAACUAUUCGACAUGGUUUUGAUUGGCUUAUUAAAGUCGUUUAUGAAAAUUAUGAUACAUUACAUAAACGUGUUGAACAAGAUGUUAAAAAACGUAAUGAAACUGAACAAAAAGCUAGACGUGAACGACAAGAACGCGUACAAAAACAACGUGAAGAACGAGAAAAAGAAGAAGGUACUAAAAAUGAUAAUGAUGAAGAUGAUGAUACAAUGAAAAAUGGUUUUGUUCCAAUUGGACAAGCUGUCAAAAAUGCUGAACGAAAUUCAUCAGAAAAAUCAACAAAAGAUAAAUCCAAUCGUAUAUCAUCAAGUGAAAAAAUAAAAUCGAAAACAGUAAAUGAAAAUACAUCUCUUCCACCAAUACCAACACCACGAUCUUCAUCUCAUACUCGUACAUUAAUUAAUGAUGAAAAUAGUGAUGAUCAAGAACGUUCAAGACGAAAUAGUACAGAAAUUUCAUCACAACGAAAAGAAUCACCAAUACCUCGAUCUAAUUCAUCAAAUUUUGAUGAAAAUCAACAAAUUGAUUCAACAGAUGAACAAACAUCAAUUCGAACACUAACUGGUAAAAAGAAAAAAGUUAUUGGUGCUGGUCGACAUCGUUUAAAUGGUGAUAGUCUUCCACCAUUAGCUCCAUCAUCAUCAAUAUCUCGUCGUGAUGAUUUAACAGUUCAUAAAGGACCACCUGCUGGUACACCACGACCACAACCUCUUGUUGCACAAUGGGCUAUAACAAGUCCAACUCCACAAUCAACAGCUGAAAAAUUAACAACAAUUACAAGUGAUAAUGAAUUAGAUGAUGAUGAAGAAAAAUAUAAAUCAUUACAAACAAAUAAACGUAUUGGAUCUCCUCAUCCAAAUACAACAAAUCGAAUAAUACUCGAUAGAAAAAAUCAACAAUUAACAAAUAAUAAUGAAAAUUUAGUUAAUAAUGAUUAUAAAAAAUCAUCUCGUGAUAAAGGACAUCAUAAUGAUUUACAUAAAGAUGAUGAUGAUGAUGAUGAUGAUGAUGAUGAUGAUGAUAAUCAUUUUAAUCAUGGAUCAAAUAGACGAACAUAA